CUAGCUGGCUUUCCGUACUGGGAGCCCUAACAGCGUGAGAGUUGAAGAGAGCGAGUCUUCCUUCGCCUCCGCCGCCGCCGCGGUCGCUGCCGCCUGUGGAUUGGAACUUCCACGCUCGCGGGAUUCGAAACGUCACAAUGGCUCAGAACGUUCAGAAUGUAACACUUUCUCUCACGCUGCCCAUCACUUGCCACAUUUGCCUGGGAAAGGUCCGUCAUCCGGUCAUCUGUGCCAACAACCAUGUCUUCUGUUCCAUUUGUAUUGAAGUGUGGCUGAAGAACAACAGUCAGUGUCCUGCUUGUAGGAUCCCCAUCACCACUGAGAAUCCUUGCAAAGAGGUCUUAGGAGGGACAAGUGAAAGCAACCCUGUGUUCAGCCCGACGGUCAGGAAGCAGCUCCGCAAAACGAGGCUCGAGCUAAUGCACAAAGAAUAUGAGGAUGAAAUAGAAUCUCUGCAGAAGGAAGUGGAGGAGCUGAAAGGGAGCAAUCUCAGCCUGGAGGCGCAGCUCAAAUCUGUCCUGCACCCCGAGACGCUAGACGUGUCUGACAAAACCCGGUCGAGUCCAGGACUCUCGGAGGACGAGCACAAGGUGGAUGCAGAGACUUUGGCCGUAUGGACGCAGAAGCUUCAGGCAGCUAAUGAUAUGUACGAAAAAGUGAAGGAUGACAUGGGAACGCUAACGGAGGUAAAUAAGAAGCUGAGGCUCGAAAACAGUGGCCUUGUGAGGGAGAACUUGCGGCUAAAGGCUGAGGUUGGAAGCCGAUCGCCCCAGAAAUUCGGAAGGUUUACCGUCGCCGUGCUUCAGUCCAAGCUGGAACAGUGCGAGCGCGAAACCAACCGCCUGAAGAAAGCCUUGGAGAGGAGCGACACCUACAUCGAAGACCUGGAAGCUCAGGUCGCUCGGCUGAAGAGGGAAAGCAGCCAACGGAAAAGCACAAGCCCGGAAAGCGACGCCACGGAUCUCAUGGAGGACAAAGAGAGCGGCGGAAGCGCAGCCAACGAGAUAGCGCUGCUGGAGAGCCCGGAAGAGCGCAUAGACCCGAGCUGCUUGUGCGCUAGCCACAGCCCGGAUGACCUCGAGCAGCCGGCCGGUAGCGGGCUGUUGGGGAGCAGCAACGACGUGUGCCUCAAUUCAGCCGGACGGGGCUGUCCGGAUGAGCCCGUUGCUCAGUGCUCGUCCGGCACAGACGUUUUCGCCGGCUCUCAGGAGGGCCUCUUGGAUAUAGGGGGCUCCGAAAUGGACACCUGCUCGGAGCAAACAUGGGAUAAAAUAGAAGACUGUGUGCCGUAUAAAGAAGAGCUUUAUGAACUCCCGGAUCCCUGCACGCCUCUGUCUCUCAGUUGCCUGCAGCUGAACACUCCCGGCAACAAAGACGACCCCACCGCAAAGGAGGAGGAUCCCAGAGAGACACCCACCUUUCUGAGGAAACUGGAGUUUGAGGAUUUCGGCGAGGCGUCGGACGACGGGAACAAAGACUCUCCGGAACAUAGCGCCAGCAGUUGCGAGGGCGGCGAGACCAAGGCGGCCUGUUUUGCUUCGGACAAGCCGGUGUUUUGGAACAGGUGCCAACCACGUUACGAUGAGAACUUUGAGGGUGCGGAUCCCAGCGCGGCCCCGAGCGACUCUGGCGAACCUUCGGCGAAAUCCGGCGACAAAACGCGCAACCCGAGCGUUCCGAAAAAGCUGCACCCUGCCCGCUCUUCAGAAAUGAAUCGAACCAGGACGUCCAGCGAGGCGUCUAUGGAUGCCGCCUACCUUGAUAAAAUCUCCGAGCUGGAUUCCAUGAUGUCCGAGUCGGACAAUAGCAAGAGCCCCUAUUACACUUCCAAGUCCUCUUCCGACCUGGAUAACUCUUGCAAGUCGACACAGUGUCCCGACCUCCUCAAUGAAAAGGAUAAGACUGCCAAGGAGAGGAAGGAGCAAAACGCUCUGAAAUGCCCUCUUGCAGGUGAUAAUUCGGAAGAGGGAAACGACUGGAAGUCUUCCACUUUCUCCAUCCUUUCUCCAUCUGCGUUAGAGACGACAGAGCCGUUCCCGUUAUUUGCCGGCCGGACUUCAGAAACGAGUGAAACGAAGCCUCGGAGUUUCCUAUUCCAAAGAGAGCUUUCCCCAAGCUUUCUGUUUAGCAACUCUCGAGGGUCAUUUGAAGAGCACAAACUUGGGUCCCCUCUCUAUAAGGUGGCGCCCGAGCUGCAGAACCUCCACAACCAACUCCAGUCUCCUUGGUCGUCGUCCUUCAUACCCGACAGGAAAGCCAAAAGUAUCCACGCGUCGGCGAAAAGGAAAAUCCAGAGUAGCCUGUCUAGCGCGAGUCCAUCAAAAACGACCAAGAACUGAUUCCCUUCUUGACUUUCAGUGGGGUUUUUUUUGUUUUUGUUUUCCUAAACAGAAUACUUUAGUGCCGAUGUGAAAAUGUUCGUUCCUUCACCCAUACCCUGCAAAUUCCUUUUGGGUUCUCCAGUGACCUCGGUCUAUCCUACUUUAACACUGAGCGACGGAGUUUGGAAAUCCUUUGGUGCAGGGGUGAGGAUCCUGUGGCCUUUCCCAGAUUCAUCCAGACUACAAUUCCCAUCAUUCCGGAACAAUCUGCUGGGGCUGGUGGGAGUCUGGCAACAUCUGUAGAC